GUGGCAGCCCCGCCACUGUAAAAAAAAUCGGCCGUCCACACAUCUGAAGUUUGUCCGCUUCCACUCUGCUUUGUUUAAACGAGGGGAUUCCCGCCGGCUGUCGCUGAUGCGGCGCUUCUCCGAGUCGCUGUAGUCGACGUGAGUGUCCCGUCGCGGAGCUGUCCCGUCUGUCUGGUGCUGAAGGACACGAGUUCUGCUGCGCUCCCCGCCGCUCUUCUUCAAAUGCCAGCCAGCACGCCCACCCCGCAUUCUGGGACCGGAGCCGUGGACUACUGGGUGGACGGCUCACGCAGGGAUGCGCCGCUUGAAGACUUCUUCACAAUGGGCCCAGAAUUGGGGAGGGGCGCCACGGCUGUAGUGUUCAGAUGCGAGGAGAAGCAGACGCAGAAGCCGUAUGCGGCCAAAGUCUUAAAGAAAACGAUUGACAAGAAGAUUGCGAGAACGGAGAUUGGCGUCCUGCUACGACUCUCGCACCCAAAUAUUAUUCAACUGAAGGAAAUCUUUGAGACCCCUUUGGAGAUCACGCUGGUCUUGGAGCUUGUGACAGGCGGAGAGCUUUUUGACAGGAUCGUCGAGAGAGGCUACUACAGCGAGAGGGACGCCGCGCAUGUCAUCAAGCAGAUCCUGGAGGCAGUGGCAUAUUUGCACGACAAUGGAGUUGUCCAUCGGGACCUGAAGCCGGAGAAUCUGCUGUACGCUGACCGCUCACCUGAUGCCCCUCUAAAAAUAGCGGACUUUGGCCUGUCCAAGAUUAUGGACCAACAGAUGAUAAUGAAAACGGUGUGCGGGACCCCAGGAUACUGUGCUCCUGAAAUCCUGAGAGGUGCCCCCUAUGGUUCUGAAGUGGACAUGUGGUCGGUGGGAGUCAUCACCUACAUUCUGCUGUGUGGGUUUGAGCCAUUUUUUGACCUGCGAGGGGAUCAGUACAUGUACAGCCGCAUCCUCACCUGUGACUAUGAGUUUGUGUCGCCCUGGUGGGAUGACGUGUCCCUCAAUGCCAAAGAUCUGGUGUCAAAGCUCAUUGUGUUGGACCCCCUGAAUCGCUUAAAUGUCCAGCAGGCUCUGCAGCACCCCUGGGUGUCGGGUAAAGCCGCCCAUUUCUCCCACAUGGACACCACACAGAAGAAGCUCCAGGAGUUCAAUGCUCGCCGCAAGCUAAAGGCAGCUGUGAAGGCCGUGGUGGCCACCAGUCGCAUUGGCAACCACAGAGACCACGAGGGAUCCCGAAACAGCCGCCAGCCUGAGUGUGAAGCUGGGCGUCCAAACGGAAAUACCAGUGAGGCAGGCGAACCUCAUUCCAGUAGCCACCUGGUCAAACCAGUGGCCAGCGCUUCCUCUGGUCUGACCACCACAAGCUCUUCAAAGGGUGGGGGCAAAUCAGGCCAGACUGGCAGCAACACCACCACCAGCACCACCAAGGGCCCCUCUAAACCAACAGUCAGGUUGAAGACCAGCUCGACAAAGACGGUGAACCCCAGGAAGAGCCGGGAGACGCCACCAUCCCAGUCUAAGAAGCAGCAACCUUAGAGAGGAAGUCAAGUCAGAGGAAAUGUGGGGGGCACAGUGGACCUGUCCAUGGGACUGAAACUAUGGAGGGCCUCACGCUCAUCUUCACAGCCUGAAACAGUUUGAAGAUAUGGCAAUGGCUGUGCCGACCUCUCUGCCAAGUAUGUUUAUAUUUUGCACCCUGAGGAGUGCCAGCUGUGCCAUCAUGGCAGAAGGAGGACAGAGGCAUCUCUAUAAUUACAUACUUAGUAAUAAAGUGAUGUUGGGGAAGAAGAGGCAGCUUCUUCAUUGUGUACAAACAUUAUGAGGAGGACUGCUGGGUCACAUGUCACAUUUCAGAAUGAAACAGGACGUCAGAACAGAGAGGUCAGGCUACUUGGGGGAUGACUUGAAAUGAAUCAGCCAAUCAAAUAAAUCCGGCAGGUUUAUGGCGGGUAAUGCAUUUGGUGCUAAU